GGCGGCGGCGGCGGCGGGAGCGCAGCGGUGCCCGGAGCGCGCGAUUUUUUUGAGCCGGCGGCGACCGCCCACCCCCGCCAUGGCCAGCAACGUGACCAACAAGACGGACCCGCGCUCGCUCAACUCGCGGGUGUUCAUCGGCAACCUCAACACGCUGGUGGUGAAGAAGAGCGACGUGGAGGCCAUCUUCGCCAAGUACGGCAAGAUCGUGGGCUGCUCGGUGCACAAGGGCUUCGCCUUCGUGCAGUACGUCAACGAGCGCAACGCGCGCGCCGCCGUGGCCGGCGAGGACGGCCGCAUGAUCGCCGGCCAGGUGCUAGACAUCAACCUGGCGGCCGAGCCGAAGGUGAACCGGGGCAAGGCGGGGGUGAAGCGCUCGGCGGCCGAGAUGUACGGGUCGUCGUUCGACCUGGACUACGACUUCCAGCGGGACUACUAUGACCGGUACCAGUAUAAACCAGUGCAGAGCGGGAUGUACAGCUACCCCGCCCGCGUGCCGCCCCCGCCCCCCAUCGCCCGCGCCGUGGUGCCCUCCAAGCGCCAGCGCGUCUCCGGCAACACCUCCCGGCGCGGCAAGAGCUUCAACAGCAAAUCCGGACAGCGCGGCUCCUCCUCCAAGUCGGGAAAACUGAAAGGCGAUGACCUGCAGAGCAUCAAGAAGGAGCUGGGGCAGAUCAAGGCCAAGGUGGACGCGCUGCUGGAGAGCCUGGAGCGGCUGGAGCGGGAGCAGAAGGCCAAGAGCGAGAAGGCCGAGGAGGAGCAGGGCGGCAGCGGCUCCAAGAAGGACGAGGCGGGCGGGGCCAAGGCCGAGGGCGGCAACGAGGACUCGGCGGAGGAGGGCGACCUGCUGGACGACGACGAGGCCGAGGAG